UUUUCUCUCCUACUUCCUGCCGACGCGGACGAAAAUUUCAGAGCGCUUGCCCUUUUCGGUAUCGCUCGCUGUUGGCUAGUGAAAAUGUAGUUCAAGUGAUUACACUAUUCGCACCUGAAUAAAACUCUCUGCGUGGAGUUGCCUUCCGUGCUGCGCGCAUUAAGCAUUAACGUAGCGAAGAUUCGCACAGAGACAGAGAGAUAGAGAUUGUUGGAUAGUUGGAAUUAAGGCACCCUCCCGGAGAUGUAUCUGUACAACUUCAUUCUGCAACGUGCCACGGGCAUCACGCACGCGGUGCACGGAAGCUUCGCCGGCACCAAGUUGCAGGAAAUUUUGCUUGCCAAGGGCAAAGGCCUGGAGCUGGUUCGUCCGGAUCCGAACACGGGCAAAGUGCACACGCUGCUGCAGACGGAAGUGUUUGGCGUGGUGCGUUCGCUCAUGUCCUUCCGGCUGACGGGCGGGUCGAAAGAUUAUGCCGUAAUUGGUUCGGAUUCGGGUCGCAUCGUGAUCCUCGAGUACAACCCGGCAAAGAAUCAGCUCGAAAAGGUUCACCAGGAGACGUUCGGCAAAUCGGGAUGUCGGCGUAUCGUGCCCGGCCAAUAUCUGGCCAUCGAUCCCAAGGGUCGUGCCGUGAUGAUCGGAGCGGUCGAGAAGCAAAAGCUGGUCUACAUUUUGAACCGCGAUUCCGAGGCCCGGCUCACCAUCUCCUCGCCGCUAGAGGCGCACAAAUCGAACACCCUCACCUACCACAUGGUGGGCGUGGACGUUGGCUUCGAGAAUCCCAUGUUCGCCUGCCUGGAGAUCGACUACGAGGAAGCGGACACCGAUCCAACCGGUGAGGCGGCCACCAAGACACAGCAAACGCUCACCUUCUACGAGCUGGAUUUGGGUCUGAACCAUGUGGUGCGCAAGUACUCGGAACCGCUGGAGGAGCACGCCAACUUCCUCAUCUCCGUCCCGGGAGGGAACGAUGGGCCGUCGGGCGUGUUGAUCUGCUCGGAAAACUAUCUGACGUACAAGAAUCUGGGCGACCAGCACGACAUUCGCUGUCCGAUUCCGCGCCGCCGUAACGAUCUGGACGAUCCGGAGCGUGGCAUGAUCUUCAUCUGCUCCGCCACGCACCGUACCAAGUCGAUGUACUUCUUCCUGGUGCAGACGGAGCAGGGCGACAUCUUCAAGGUGACGCUCGAAACCGACGAUGAUGUGGUGUCGGAGAUUAAGCUGAAAUACUUCGACACGGUUCCGCCUGCGACGGCCAUGUGCGUGCUGAAGACGGGCUUUCUGUUCGUGGCGUGCGAAUUCGGCAACCAUUAUCUGUACCAGAUCGCACAUUUGGGCGAUGACGAUGAUGAGCCAGAGUUCAGUUCGGCCAUGCCGCUCGAGGAGGGCGAUACGUUCUUCUUCGCCCCGAGACAGCUGAAGAAUCUGGUGAUGGUGGACGACAUUCCGUCGUACGCACCGAUCCUUGGCUGUCAGGUGGCGGACUUGGCGAACGAGGACACACCGCAACUGUACCUGGCUUGUGGCCGGGGUCCACGGUCAUCGAUACGUGUGCUUCGCCACGGGCUGGAAGUGUCGGAAAUGGCCGUAUCGGAGCUGCCCGGUAACCCGAACGCUGUGUGGACCGUCAAGAAGAGAAUUGAUGACGAGUUCGAUGCGUACAUCAUCGUGUCGUUCGUGAACGCUACGCUUGUGCUGAGCAUUGGCGACACGGUCGAGGAAGUGACGGACAGUGGCUUCCUCGGCACGACACCGACACUCUGCUGCAGUGCGCUCGGCGAUGACGCUCUGGUGCAGGUCUACCCGGACGGCAUCCGGCACAUCCGGGCGGAUAAGCGUGUGAACGAAUGGAAGGCGCCGGGCAAGAAGACGAUCAUGAAGUGUGCGGUCAACCAGCGGCAGGUCGUGAUUGCCCUUUCCGGCGGCGAGCUCGUGUACUUCGAAAUGGAUCCGACCGGCCAACUGAACGAGUACACGGAGCGUAAGAAAAUGCCGAGCGAAGUCAUGUGUAUGGCGCUCGGAUCGGUCCCGAGCGGCGAACAGCGGUCGUGGUUUUUAGCCGUCGGUUUGGCCGAUAACACCGUACGCAUCAUAUCGCUCGAUCCAACCGAUUGUCUGUCGCCCCGCUCCAUGCAGGCACUACCCUCGGCAGCCGAGUCGCUGUGCAUUGUGGAAAUGGGCACGGUGGAAACAUCCUCCGAAGACGACGGAGUCACCAUCACGACCGGCUGCAUCUAUCUGAACAUUGGACUGACGAACGGUGUGCUGCUGCGGACCGUGCUCGACCCCGUGUCCGGCGAUCUGGCCGACACCCGCACGCGCUACCUCGGUUCCCGGCCGGUCAAGCUGUUCCGCAUUCAGAUGCAGGGCUCGGAAGCCGUCCUGGCCAUGUCGAGCCGGUCCUGGCUGAGCUACUACUACCAGAACCGGUUCCACCUGACGCCGCUGUCGUACGAAACGCUCGAGUACGCGUCCGGCUUUUCCAGCGAGCAGUGCUCGGAAGGUAUCGUGGCCAUCUCGACGAACACGCUGCGCAUUCUGGCCCUCGAAAAGCUCGGCGCCGUGUUCAACCAGAUCACCUUCCCGCUGGAGUACACCCCGAAACGGUUCGCCAUCCACCAGGAGACGGGUAAGCUGAUCAUCAGCGAAACCGACCACAACGCGUACACGGAGGAAACGAAAACCGUGCGCAAGAAGCAGAUGGCGGACGAGAUGCGUGAGGCGGCGGGUGAGGACGAGCAGGAGCUGGCGAACGAGAUGGCGGACGCGUUCAUCAACGAGGUGCUGCCGGAGGAUGUGUUCUCCUCGCCGAAGGCGGGCACGGGCAUGUGGGCGUCGCAGAUCCGCGUGAUGGACCCGAUCAACGGCCACACGUACUCGAAGGUGCAGCUGGCCCAGAACGAGGCGGUCCUGUCGCUCGCCCUCGUGCGAUUCGCCGUCGACCAGAAGUGGUACGUGGUGGCGGGCGUCGCGAAAGAUCUGCAGAUCAACCCGAAAAUCAGCGGCGGCGGCUUUAUCGACGUGUACAAGGUCGACAGCCAGACGCACCAGCUCGAGCACAUGCAUCGCACGGAGAUCGACGACGCGCCGGGAGCGCUUUGCCCGUUCCAGGGCCGGCUGCUGGCCGGCAUCGGCAAGGUGCUGCGCAUCUACGACCUCGGCAAGAAGAAGCUGCUGCGCAAGUGCGAAAACAAACACAUUCCCAACCAGAUCGUGAACAUUCAGGGCAUGGGGCAGCGUGUGUACGUGUCGGACGUGCAGGAGUCGGUGUACUGCAUCAAGUACAAGCGGGCCGAGAACCAGCUGAUCAUCUUCGCCGACGACACGCACCCGCGCUGGAUCACGUCGGCCAGCCUGCUCGAUUACGAUACGGUCGCGACCGGCGACAAGUUCGGCAACAUUGCGAUCCUCCGCCUGCCCCAUUCCGUGUCGGACGAUGUGGACGAGGAUCCGACCGGCAACAAGGCGCUGUGGGACCGUGGGCUGCUCAAUGGCGCGUCGCAGAAGGCGGAAAACAUCUGCACCUUCCAUCUGGGCGAGAUCGUGAUGUCGCUGCAGAAGGCAACGCUCAUUCCGGGCGGCUCGGAAUCGCUCAUCUAUGCCACGAUGAGCGGUACGGUCGGAGCGCUGGUGCCGUUCACCAGCCGGGAGGACUAUGACUUUUUCCAGCAUCUGGAAAUGCACAUGCGAAACGAAAAUCCGCCACUGUGUGGGCGCGACCAUCUGAGCUACCGCAGCUACUACUACCCGGUGAAGAACGUGAUGGAUGGGGAUCUGUGCGAACAGUUUACCUCGCUCGAUCCGGCCAAGCAGAAAAGCAUCGCCUCGGACCUGGGCCGCACGCCCAGCGAGGUGGCGAAGAAGCUGGAGGACAUUCGCACACGGUACGCGUUCUAGACCAGCGCAGGGAGAAGAAUCGGAGUGGGGCUUUACUGUCACGCUUCCUUUUUUUCGUUCCUCAAUUUUCUGUGUUGGCGUGCCACCGGUGCAGAUUUCUCUAUUAAGAUCAUUCCGGAUCGUUUGGCGAGCGUAUUUAUCUCUAGAAAACUAAGAUGUGAAAGUGCUUCAUUUCUCAACUAUAUUCGCCAUAACGUGUUCGGGUGUGUGCGGUUCUGCAGUAUUGAUCCCAUCAACAUGGCGUUUUUUGUAUAAACCGACUGAUCCAAUUUUACAUAAAGUGCUCCUUUUUCUAUCCGAUGUUGCUGUCCGCGGUGGUGGUUGGAGCGUCAUGUAAACAUCACCCCAUCUUAACUGCUCUCAUGGUUUACACUUAUCCUCGAUGCAAACCGGUUCUCUCAUGCUCUGUACGAAAAGUGCAUGAACAACAUGAGUCGUGAAUCAAUAAGGCUGCGCAGCUGCACAGGAGUCCUUCUGAAGAUUGGACGCAAUACUUUCCCUGAGCAACGCAUAAGUAACAGACGUAAAACAUCAACUUUCUAUAGAACCAGAAUCUUCUACAAUUUGAGGCACACAAUUUUCUUCUCUUAAUCAAUUAAUGUAUUGCAUGAUGAUCUUCUAACAUCGUCUCUCCUAGAUGAAGCGACCAAUUUGAGAUACAUCUUUCCCUCCCCUCGAAUGGCAAGAGAUCUUGGUUACCUUCCAACAACAUCCAGCCAAAUUGGUCAGCCAGCAAUCGAAGCCUGUGAGCCAAACAAAUAUAGAUGGAGUUCAAUGUAGUUUUUAUCUGUAAACCAAUAAAUAAAGAUAAAUAACUUUGCACUACAGGCGUGAUGUAAUGCCGUGGUGUGACAUAUUAA